AUGACGGUGGGAUGUUGCCAAGGGAUAGAGACCAUGAUUCAGGUUCUCUCUAGUCCAAAAUCGAAUAUCUUGCUCUCCUCCCUCGUCUAUCCCCUCUACCAUAGUUACGCAAUACAUGACCAACUCGAGAUUCGCAAGUAUGAACUACUCCCUGACCAAGACUGGGAGAUUGAUCUCCAAGGCGUUGAAGCCAUUGCAGAUGAGAAUACCAUCGCUAUAGUGAUAUGUAACCCUCACAAUCCAUGUGGAAAUGUUUACACAUAUCAUCAUCUAAAGAAGGUGGCUGAGAUGGCGAGGAAGCUAGGGAUAAUGGUUAUUUCUGAUGAAGUUUUUAAGGAAACUAUAUAUGGGAAGAAUCCAUUUGUCCCGAUGGGGACAUUCUCAUCGAUUGUUCCUGUGGUUACACUCGGUUCCAUUUCCAAGGGAUGGCUUGUCCCUGGCUGGCGAAUAGGUUGGAUAGCUAUGAAUGACCCAAAUAACGUUUUCAAAACCACUGGGGUCGUUGAAUCCAUCAAGGACCUGCUUAACAUAAGUCCAGAUCCAUCGACAAUUCUACAGUUUGCACUUCCAAAUAUCUUGGAGAAGACAAAGAAAGACUACUUUGAGAAGAAAAACUUGACAUUGAGUCAAAAUGUGGACAUGACGUUCGACGCCCUCAAGGAGAUUCCUUGCCUCGUUUGCCCCAAGAAACCUGAGUCGUGUACUUCCUUAGUGGCGAAGCUGGACCUAUCACUCUUAGAGGACAUCAGAGACGAUGUUGAUUUCUGCAUGAAGCUUGCCCGAGAGGAGAAUCUCGUCCUUUUACCUGGAGAGGUAUUUGGCAUGAAUAAUUGGGUGAGGAUCUCGAUUGGAGUCGAGAGAUCAAUGAUAGAAGACGCUUUCGUGAGGCUCAAAGGCUUCUUCACUCGCCAUGUCAAAUCACAAACUACUUAA